UGCAGGUAAAGGGUCACACAGCCCGUGAGACAUUAAGUCCAUUGAACAUGUGACUUACGUGUAGGCUAAGCACGCGCAGACAGCACACAAACAAAACAGCAUGGUGCACAUUUUAAAAAGAACAGUCCUAAGAUUAGUAACGAGUGUCUAUUACUCUACAACGCGAUGAAACUCAAUUGCAAUCUCACAUUCUUGACUCUGCAACUUUACGAAUUUGGCGACUGGAAGUCUCAUUGGGUGAGUGGCUUUUAAGCGCGAUCCCUGGUCCAGCCCACUCUUCAUGGGGUAAAGAGCACCCGAAAAACAGUACUAGUAAGAGGGUUCCGGAUAUAACAGAAUCUUAACGCACAGACGCCUUAGUUAAAGCCUCACUACUUUUGCUUUUGUCGCUUGCUUGGCACUCUGGUCCUCCCAGCUCAGCAAGCACAGAGCUCAGCCUACAGCUCAGUCUAAGGACUGCAGCAGGCCGCUGGCCACUAGAGGAUCUCUAACUUUCUCUGCGGAACUGAGGGCUGAAGUCAAAGACAAAGUCAAAAUGGUGGCCUCGUCUUUCACUGUCCUAAGAGCAAGCAGGUUGUGCCAAUGGGGUUGGAAGAGCUGGGCGCGGCUGUCAGGACCUCCGAUGCUUAGCACCGAUGGCCGGACUACUUGGGCGCGGACAAAUGCGACACUGAGCCUGGAGCCCGCGGGCCGCAGCUGCUGGGACGAGCCGCUGAGCAUCGCCGUGCGCGGCCUGGCCCCCGAGCAGCCCGUCACGCUGCGCGCCGCCCUGCGCGACGAGAAGGGCGCGCUCUUCCGAGCCCACGCGCGCUACCGCGCCGACGCCGCGGGAGAGCUGGACCUGGCGCGCGCGCCCGCGCUGGGCGGCAGCUUCGCGGGGCUCGAGCCCAUGGGGCUGCUCUGGGCCAUGGAGCCCGACCGGCCUCACUGGCGCCUGGUCAAGCGCGACGUGCAGACGCCCUUCGUGGUGGAGCUGGAGGUGCUGGACGGACACGAGCCCGACGGCGGGCGGCUGCUGGCGCGGGCGGUGCACGAGCGUCACUUCAUGGCUCCCGGGGUGCGGCGCGUGCCCGUGCGCGAGGGCCGUGUGCGCGCCACCCUUUUCCUGCCCCCAGAACCUGGGCCCUUUCCUGGAAUCAUAGACCUUUUCGGAGUUGGAGGGGGCCUUCUGGAGUAUCGGGCGAGUCUGCUGGCUGGGAAGGGCUUUGCCGUUAUGGCUCUUGCUUAUUACAACUACGACGACCUCCCCAAGAGUAUGGAAACCAUGCGCAUGGAGUACUUUGAAGAAGCCAUGAACUACCUGCGUAGCCACCCUGAGGUAAAAGGACCAGGAAUUGGGCUGCUUGGCAUUUCCAAAGGGGGCGAACUUGGCCUUGCUAUGGCCUCCUUCCUGAAGGGCAUCACGGCCGCUGUUGUCAUCAAUGGCUCCGUGGCUGCUGUUGGGAACACCAUAUACUACAAGGAUGAGACCGUACCUCCUGUGACUAUCCUGAAAAAUCGAGUCAAAAUGGCCAAAGAUGGUCUCAAGGAUGUUGUGGAAGCUCUGCAAAGCCCUCUGGUAGAACAGAAGAGCUUCAUCCCUGUGGAAAGGUCUGACACGACCUUCCUGUUCCUCGUUGGUCAGGAUGACCACAACUGGAAGAGUGAGUUCUAUGCCAAUGAGAUCUCCAAACGCCUGCAGGCCCAUGGGAAGGAGAAGCCCCAGAUCAUCUGCUACCCAGAAGCAGGGCACUAUAUUGAGCCUCCUUACUUCCCACUGUGCAGCGCUGGCAUGCACCUCCUGGUGGGUGCCAAUAUCACCUUUGGAGGGGAGCCUAAGCCCCAUGCCAUGGCCCAGCUGGAUGCAUGGCAGCAACUCCAGACUUUCUUCCACAAACAGUUGGGUAGUAAGAGUUAGGGAGUGUCCCCUAAAAUAUAACCUAUUAUAUGGUGGUUUGGGGGAACCUCAAAUAUAUUAUCAGAAUGUCAGUUCAGAUUAGUUCAUUUGAACAUAUUCUAAUUUUUUUUUAAGUUUCUUUUCUUUCUUUCUUUUUUUUUUUUUUCUUUUCUUUUUUGAGAUAGGGUUUCUCUGUGUACCCCUGGCUGAGACCAGGCUGGGCUUGAAUUCAAAGAUUGGCCUGCCUCUGACUCCCAAGUGCUGGGAGUAAAGCCACACCCAGCUUAAGUUUUUUCUCAGUAUAAUUAAAUAAGUGCCUGUGAAGGACUGUGGCUAUAGAUUAGUGUUGGUGCAGUUGCCUUCUUCCAUAGUGCCCUGGAUUCAUUCCUCAGUGCCAAAACUCUCUCGUAAAAAUGUGCUUAUUGACCUGGUGAGACGGCUCAGUGGUAAAGGUGGUUUACCAAGCCCGAGGACUUGAGAUUUCUUUUCCCCAGGGUCUAUCUACAUGGUUGAAGGAGAGAACAACAAGUUCUCUCUUCAAGACAACAAGACAAGUUGUCUUCUGAUGCGUGCGCGCGCGCGCGCGCGCACACACACACACACACACACACACACACACACACACGCACAUGCAAAUAAAUUAAUUUAAAAAUAGUGCUUAUCCAAAAAAAGAGUUCUUUUAUAUCACAAAUUAAAGAGGAACCUUAAGUAUAAACAUUCUUAUUAAAAUAAAAAUUAGAUUCGUUAUGACAAA